GAUGGCGACAGUAUUACUGCUUUUUUGAAUGAACUGGCAUAUCUAUUCGUUUUGAAUAUUUUCGUCUGUGUCAGUUAAUCCAGCAAUACCCUGAAUUUGAAUCAGUGAUUUCAUUAUUGUGCAAAACAUGGAUAACAAAUACUAUUGGAAGAAACCCUUAACAUUACACGAGCUUAUGGAAGAAAUUGAAAACUUGGAUGAGUCUUACGACAUUCCUGAUACAAUUUCCAUAUUUCCCCCUUCCGAUGGCUACGAGACGGAUGAAGACUCGGGAGAUGAAGCUAAGGUAGAUAUCAAUAAUCUCCCUGGAAAUCAACUUAGGGCGGAGGCUGAGGUUAGUUUCGAAAAUAAUGACAUACUAAGUGCAGAUGGCUAUGACAGAGAGGAUGAGUUACCGUUGUCUUCGUUUCUGCAACCAAAGCACCAGAAGUUGCUCUUCGAGACAUCCACAUUCAAAAAAUCUAAACCUACUUUUACAUGGAAAAAAACUGAUAUAAAUGCUUGUCUCUCAACAUGGCAAGAAAAGCAAGGCUCGAAAAAUACUUUAUCGCCAAUAGAUCUUUUUUUCUUGUUUGUAGACGAUGAGAUAAUCGACUUGAUAAGAAACUUCACAAAUUUAUAUGCCUCUCAGCAUAACAGAUCAGGGGACGUAUCCACUGAAGAAAUUAAAUGUUUCAUUGGUAUUUUGUUACUCUCCGGAUAUUAUAAAUUUCCUAGAAGGGCUAUGUAUUGGGAGAAUGCUGAGGAUGCUGGAAGCAAGCUAGUUUAUGAAGCAAUGUCGAGGGAUCGUUUUAGUUUCAUAAUGCAAAAUCUUCACUGUAAUGACAAUACAAAGUUGACUAAAGACGACAAAUUUACCAAACUGCGCCCUCUAUUUGACACUUUGAACAAAAAAUUCCAAGCUUUUGCCCCCUUUCAAGAAUUCCACAGCCUUGACGAGUCCAUGGUGCCAUAUUAUGGUGGCCAUGGCACGAAGCAAUUCAUUCGAGGAAAACCGAUCCGCUGGGGUUACAAAUUUUGGACAGGAACUACUAGAAACGGAUAUGUUGAAUGGUUUGAACCAUACCAGGGAUCAGGGACUCAACUACCUAAGAAAUAUCAUCAUCUUGGUUUAGGUGCCAGUGUGGUUUUACAGUUUGCAGAUGUUUUAAUGCUCAUAUAUAAUAACGUUCCUUAUCACAUAUUUUGUGACAACUUUUUCACGUCCAUAAUUUUACUUAUAGAGCUCGCAAAAAGAGGCAUAAAAUGUACGGGCACAAUGAGAGAAAAUCGACUUCAAAACUGCCCUCUAAAAAGCUCUAAAGCAUUGAAAAAGGAAUCACGAGGUACAUUUGAUUAUAGUUGCAUUGAGGGCGAAAACAUCAUUGUUUGCAAGUGGAAUGACAACAAUGUUGUAACCAUUGGGUCAAAUGUAACUUCUCCCUUUCCAACUCUUUCUGUUAAACGAUUUUCUCAAAAGGAAAAGAAACACAUAUAUAUCAAUCAACCGCAUCUCAUAAAAAAAUACAAUGAGAAUAUGGGUGGAGUUGAUCGGGCAGACCAAAAUAUUGGUUUGUACCGGGUCUGCAUAAGAGGAAAAAAGUGGUACUCGUCCCUUUUCUCACACUGCAUUGACAUGGCAGAACAAAACGCAUGGCAGUUACAUAAAUUCAACGGAGGAAAAAUGGAUCACUUAACAUUCCGAAGAUGUAUUGCUUCUGGCCUUCUUGAAACAUUCAAAAAGACAACCAAACGGGGCCCUUCUAAGCAAAGCAAAUAUCAUCGAAUGGAAUCCAGAUACGACAGACUUGAUCAUCUUAUAGUUUAUCAAGAAAAACAGACGAGAUGUGGGUACUGCCAUAAACUUGCGGCCUUUAGAUGUAGCAAAUGCAACGUUGCACUCCAUCCGAAAGAAUGUUUCAUCAAAUAUCAUUCAAGAGAAUAA